AUGUUGUGGAAGCAGUGCAUCGUAAACUACCAGCUGAUGGUUAAUUGCCGCGACCCCCUCUGCGGUCAUGUGAGAAUUUUUGGCGUCGGCAAAGGCCGAGGCGUGGCGCACGUGGAAAACUGGGGAAUAAAGAGAAGCGUAAAAAGUAUAAACAGUAUAAACAGUGUGAACAGCGUAAGCAGCGUGAGAAAAUUGAGAAGCACUCCGAAGGUGGGAAACGCUCUGAAUCCGCCAAACUUGACCAACCUCACGAACACAAACGACUUCCUCUUCCUACACAAAAUCCCAUACCGCGCAAGCACCCAUCACAUGCAUAAAAAGCACAGGAGCGACGCAACCGAGGGACUCCAAAUGAGCAGUCUAGAGUGGAUAGCUCGCUUGUCGAGGAAGUGUAGCCGGUGGAGAAUACGCCUAUUCUCAAGUGAGAGACGGAAUGGACGAAAAACUACUUUGGAAGGCGAUAAUGAAGCAUAUGGCAAGAAUGAUCAAGGGAAGGACGACACAGAAAAGGAGAUAAACCAAGCACAAGAAACCUUUUUCAACAUAAGCAAAAGUUUGAGAGAGUCAUUUGAAAAAAAGCUAAACACAAAUGCAGACGGAGGUGUGUCCAUAAAAGACAUUUACAAAAUUUUGAAAAAGGAAAGGAAGUAUCUAGCAGUGGCAUUCCUCUGCUUGCUAAUCUCAUCCCUGGGACAAAUGUUCUUCCCCAUGUGUAUAAGCAAAAUAAUUAAUAUGUACGGAGGGAAGGAAGAAUCCUUAAAGUAUGUAAUGAACGAGGUGUACAAAACGGUGUUUUUAAUUAUAGGCAUUUCUACCUUCAGUUUUUUUCGCAUAUAUUUUAUUGAAACAUCCAUCGAAAAAAUUACGAGGCGGUUAAGAAAAGACUUGUUCGAAAAUAUACUGAAUCAAAAAUUGUCUUUUUUUGAAAAACAGAAAACAGGAGAGUUAAUAAAUAGGUUAUCCAACGACAUUGAAGUUUCUUCAAGGGUACUAAUCACUAUGUCCUUUGGAAUUCGAAAUUUGAUUGCGGCCAUUGUUGGAGGAAUCUGUGCUUUGCAUAUAUCUCCAAGUAAAUUAUUUCAGUCCUUUUUAUUCCCGGUCUCUGCUUCUCUAAUAAUCGGUACCGCUUAUGGCAAAAUUGUAAAAAAGAUCAGCAUUGUAAAACAAGAGAGGUUAAGUAACUGCAUCGAUUUUGCAUCAGAAAAAAUACACAACAUUGGUAACGUGAGAUUGCUCAAUGGAGAAUCUUUCGAAAAAAAAGAAUUUACCAAUUAUUUAAAUGAAGUGUACAAAUCAGGCACGAAAUAUUCAUUGGUCAAAGCUGGAAACCACUUCCUCUUCGUUAGUAUCAUUUCCCUUUUUUUGCUUCAUUUGAUUUAUUAUGGAAAUUAUUUAAUAGCCAAUAAAUAUAUAAAUGCUGGAGAUUUAUUUUCCCUUAUAAUGUACUCCUUAUUUUGUGGUAGUGGCAUACAGGGGGUUAUGCAAUCCAUUGGCGAUUUGCAGAAAUGCAUUGGCUCGUGUGCAAAGGUACUUCAAAUUAUUAAUCUGCCCAAGAGUGAAUUCAACGAGCACUGGUCUAAGGACACAAUUCUUUUCCUCAAAAAUGAGGAUUACUCGAUCAAGUUUGACAAUGUUUCUUUUUCAUACGGCCAACAUGAGGAAAUCAUUCCACACGACAAGUCCUCCACCGCGGAGGACCCAGUUUCGCGCAUCAGCAGUGCAGGGAGCAGCGGAAGUAGUGGCACACACAGUACGAGUAGCACGACCCGUAUGAACCGCACAGAGCGCGUGGAUAACGAACGCGUGAAGGAGAACAAUUACGCCCUGAAAAAUGUCUCCUUUUUCCUGCCGCACAACAAAUCAGUUGCCAUUGUAGGCAAAAGUGGCAGCGGAAAAACAACCAUACUAAAUCUGCUCUCCAAAAAAAAUACCCCCAACUCGGGAAAUAUCCUCAUAGGAAAUUUCAAAAUUGAAAAAAUCAACUCCUCUGCGUUAAGGUACAUCCAAGGAGUAAUCACGCAAAAACCUUUUCUCUUCAAUAUGUCUAUCCAGGGCAAUUUGCUGUACCCCCUCAAGGCAUAUGAACAGAUGCUAAAGGAACAACUGGUCCUCAUAGAAGAGGAAAAAAAUUCCCAAAGGUAUAGCACAGAAAAACAAAACAAGAUGAAUUGGUGCAGAGGUGCCAAAUCAGAAGUGCUGAACAACACGGCGUCUGAAAAUACCUUCCAAUCACAUCAACUUGCAAUCGACGACUUGGACGAAAUACACACUUUUAUUACGAGAGAAAUACAAAAUGUGCAGGAGAAUUUGAAAAAAAUUACUCCAGAUAUGUUGAAAGAUACGUAUAAAAAUUUUCAUAUUCAUGACUUUUUAAGUAAGUAUGCUCAUUACGAUGAUGUGAAUGUCGGGGUGGAUGGAUCUUCCUUGUCGGGAGGACAAAAGCAAAGAGUUUACGUUGCUCAGAAUUUGUUUAAGAAGAAUAAAAUUCUUAUUUUGGAUGAACCCACAUCUUCGCUGGACAAAUUAUCAGAGAACAUAAUUAACGAAGCACUACUUAAAUAUAUGAAAGGGAAAACGUCCAUUAUUUUUACGCACCGAUUGGACCUGCUCAAUUUCGUUGACUACAUCGGUGUGCUUAAUGAUGGCUCGAUGGUGCAGUUUGAUUUGCGCGCCAAGGUACUCGAGAAGCCCUGCGACAUUUUGCGUCAGAUACUCAGUCCAAGCUCCUUCUGA